AAAUCUCAAACAACCGAAUGGAAAGUAGUAACAAUAAUAAUAGAAAAUAAUAAUAAUAGAAUGGCGAGAUUCUCAAUAGGCGACGAAGACGAAGAUGCUCCACUCACCUAUAAACGUGCACGUUGCUCGGAACCUCCGUCUCAAUCUAACCGUGUUAUUGAUACGGCAGAAGUCGAUAACGACGACGAUGAAGAUUUUGCAGUUACCUUUGACGCUCACGAAUUGACUACGGUUGAUGACGUGGAAUCCGAUUCGGGAGAUGAAGAACUUGAAGAAGUGGAUGAAGAUGGAUCUGAUGGUGAUGAAGAAGAAGAAGAAGAAGAUGAAGAUGAUGAUGAUGAAAAUGAUGAUGACGUGGAUGAGGUUCCGCCUGUAUCAACCGCUAGACAGAUUAAUUGCCUUCCGCCUGUUUCGAGACCGGUGACGGAAACGGUGUUUAAUAAUACGAAUGGAGCGUUGCAGGUUGUAUUGACCGAUCCUGAUGUUCUCGAUUGUCCGAUUUGUCUCGAUCCGUUAUCCGCUCCGGUUUUUCAGUGUGAGAACGGCCACAUAGCGUGCUCUUUGUGCUGCUCCAAAAUAAAUAGAAAAUGUCCUUCUUGCUGCAUGCCUAUUGGUUAUAACCGUUGCCGAGCUAUUGAAAAAGUCAUAGAAUCAGUCAGAAUAUCAUGCAAAAAUGCUCAAUAUGGUUGCAAAGAGAAUAUGACUUACAGUAAGAAAAACGAGCAUGAAAUAAUUUGUCCGCACGCUCCAUGCUUUUGCCCUCACCCGUCAUGUCCCUUUACUGGUUCUUCCAAAAAUCUCUACCUACACUUCCGUGUUAAACAUGCAGCCUCUACCACCCGUUUCACCUACAACACCACUUUCACUCUUCGUGUAGAAUCUAAUCAAAAACACGUUUUUCUUCAAGAACAACAUGAAAGUGUCAUCUUUAUUCUCAAUCACGAAGUUCGUGAACAAGGACGAGCUUUUAAUGUUGAUUGUGUGGGUCCAAGCACAUUAAAAACUUCUUUGGAGUAUCACCUGACUACUAAAAACGAUGAGGCAACUCUGUCAUUGCAAUGUGCUCCACAAAUAUAUGCAAAGUGGUCUGAACAUAAGCCCGCAAAGAAUUAUAUAAUUGUCCCGUCUGACUUUUCACAUUGCAAUGGGGUUCUGUCUCUCGAUGUCUGCAUAAGGAAAACCCUGUAAUCUGUAUGAAUGAUUUCUUGUUUUCUGUUUUAUUUUUUAUUUAUAGAAAUUACAAUCUUUUCUAAUGCAAGUGUAACUGCAUAUGUAACGUAUAUUUUACUUUCAGUUGAAUAUACUGUAAGAGAAUUGGAGUUUGGUA